AUGUCGCAUACUAAUCCAGGCAUCCCGCUUCUAAAAGAUCUCACAACCGAAAACAUUACCGAAAAUGUCGUGGCUAUCAACUCUGACUGCCAAGAUCCACGAACACGCUUUCUUUUUGAGAGGCUAGUUCAUCACCUCCAUGACUUUGCGCAUUCAAUUGAUCACCCCAAGCCACCUACGUCUACCGAGGGUACUGUUCUUGGCCCCUUCCAUGCACACGGGGCUGAGAAUGUUGCUUCCGGAGACACUAUUUUUCAUGAUCCUGAUGGAGAACCACUCUUGGUUGUGUGUACGGUACGAGACUCACAGGGUAACCCACUAGAAGAUGUCGAGGUUGAUAUCUGGGAGACCGACUCCAAGGGUUUCUAUGAUGUGCAGUAUGCAGACCGGGAAGGCUUCGAUAACAGAGCUAUACUACACAGCGACAGUGAAGGGAACUUCGAUUUCAAGGCCAUUGUGCCUGUCCCUUAUCCAAUCCCGGGCGAUGGGCCUGUCGGAGAUCUUCUGAAGGCUCUGAACCGACAUGUCUACCGCCCAAGCCACAUGCACUUCAAAUUCAAGAAGGCAGGAUAUGACCCUCUAAUAACGGCACUUUACAUUCGUGGAGACCCGUAUGAGACCUCUGAUGCCGUCUUUGGUGUCAAGGAGUCUCUCAUUGUUGAUCUGGGAACUGUCUCUGAGGUGUCAGGAUUCUCUGAGAGGUAUGGAGUACCAGGAACCACGAAGCUACUGAGAUAUGACUUUUCGCUCGUUUCGGGAGCCGAGGUUGGGGCGUUACGGCAUGAGAAGGCAGUAAAGUCGGCUAUUAAGCUUGACAAUGAUGUUAAAGUAGUUGAUGGUACAAUCACCUAUUGA